CGGCCCGCCCCGCCUGGCCCAGCCCGCCCCGUCGCCCAUUGGCCCCGAGCCGCUAUAUCUGGGCACCCGCCCGCCGCUAGGCCACCGCUGUCCCUGCCUCCGCUCCCACCGCCGCCUGUCCGCCCUCCGCGCCCGGCUUCUGCCUCGCAGUGCCCGCCGCCGUCCUCCGCGCUCCCGCGCAGCGUUCCGCCCAGGCCGCGCCCAGCUGGAAUGCAGAGAUCGCCGCCCGGCUACGGCGCACAGGACGACCCGCCCGCCCGCGGGCCCCUACCCCAGCCCGCUGUCGCCGCCGCCCGAAGCCCCGCCGCUGGAGGGCGCCGAGCCGCUGGGGCCCGCCGCCGACCUGUGGGCCGACGUGGACCUCACCGAGUUCGACCAGUACCUCAACUGCAGCCGGACUCGGCCGGAUGCCCCCGCGCUCCCGUAUCACGUGGCGCUGGCCAAACUGGGCCCGCGCGCUAUGUCCUGCCCGGAGGAGAGCAGCUUGAUCUCGGCGCUGUCCGACGCCAGCAGCGCUGUGUACUACAGCGCCUGCAUCUCCGGCUAGGCCGCCGUCCCUGCCCCAGCGCUUCCUCCGGCGCCACCUCGACCUUGCGGCCCUGCCGCGCUCCCGCUCCCUCUCGCAGAUGUAAGUGUCCCCAUGCAACAGCCUGGACGCGCACUCGCAGCGGGCGGCCCCACCUCCUGGGGCCCUGCAGAGAUUGGGGGUGCGGGUCAGGGCUGUUCCAGGAAGCCCAGGCUUGGGACCUGCUGGCUGGCCCCGCCAGGGUUAACUAUUGGAAGCACCUAAUCCUUUUCCUGCAGUGUAUUUUCCAAAACCAGAUUGUAUUUUUUACUUUGCCUUUUUUAUAUACAUAAGACGAUAUAUUUAAUUUUUAAUUAAACCUUUAAAUGUUUCAGUGAUCACCAGCAUCCGUGUAGCAGGGCUUUUAAAUACAAGGGAUAAUAACGUUUGCUGUAAAGGAGGGGCUAGGAGCUAGGUCCCUCCGGGCCAAGGGCCACAAUAAAAUGCCUGGGCCAUUCCUCUGCA